AUGAAUAGAAACAACCCGACGGACAAAGAAGCACUCGAUCUGUGGGAAUUACUCGAUAAAGCAAACCCGGAAGACAUCCAAUUAGUUAAUCAAUGUUCAGAUCUAAAAUUCACCAGUGAAGAAGUAUGGCAAGUUAUAAAAUCUUUAAAAGGAAAGAACUCGUCCGGAUUCGACCUCAUAUCGAACAAAAUGAUCAAAAACUUACCUCAUAAUUAUUUAAACAUAUUAACCAAACAAUAUAAUGCAUUAUUCUCGUUAUCAUAUUGGGAUAAAAAUUGGAAACAAGCAAGAACAAUUUGCUUCAACAAAGUAGAUAGUCCAGCACCAACUAAACAACAACUACGUCCGAUUUCUUUACUUCCAGUGAUGGGCAAGAUAUACGAACGACUCUUUCUUUUCCGUUUUCAAAACUGGCUUAACAACUUCGGAAUACUUCCAUGGCAAAAAUCUGGCGCGCGCGCUAAACAAUGCACAGUCUCUCGAGUGAACCAUCUCCUCGAGCAGACGUACACAUCGUUACUAUACAACACAUUUACACUUGUAGUAUUUAUCGAUUUCUUACAAGUCUUCGACAUAUUAUGGCAAGAAGAACGAACAAUGAAAAUUGUCCUAAACGGUCAAUUAUCGAAUAACAUAAUUCUUCAACGAGGUGCGCCGCAAGGAAGCGUUUUCGGACCCAUAGCUUACAUCGUUACUCAUUACGACCUCCGACAAAUCUUUAAAGUACCGGAAAACAAUCACCUGUAUGUCGACGAUCCUGGAUGUGUUUUUAUUCCAAAUAUAUAUAAAAAAAUACAGACAUCAACUAGUCGAAAUCCAAGAUACAAUCAAUCAAGAUCUAAUAAAGCUGCAACAAUAUGCAACAGAAUGACAUCAACCAGUAAACAGCAAAAAAACGGAGUUCGUAAUUUUUACCAGGGUUGUCAAGAGUCCAAUACUAAAUAUCAGUUUCGAUGGUACUCAACUUCAGCAAAAGAAAAAUUUUAA